AAUUGCCAAUAAUUACAAAUAAAAGACUGUGACUUAUCAGUUUUUUUGUAAUUUAGUCUAGAACCUCGUUAAAAACAUAAGCAUGGCAUACUUUGGAAAGGUUUUCACCUUGGAAAAAAAUGAAAAUUUUGACGGAUUUAUUAACAGCUUAGGUUUGCCGAAAGAAAAAGCAGAAAGCUACGUGAAGUCCAAGUCUUCCCAAAAGAUAGAGAAGGAUGGGGACGGUUACAUUAUAACUACUACCACUAGCCAGGGGGUUACAGAAAUGAAAUUUAAGCCGGGAGUAGAAUUUGACCAACAAAUAACUCCUGAAAUAGUAACAAAGAAUGUAAUGACUGUGGAAGGUGAUAAGUUUACCCAAGUGCAGAAGGCUGAUGGCAAAACAAUCACAUUUAUUAGAGAGUUCUCUGCAGAUAAAUUGGUCGUGACAAUUACUUCUAACUUUUGGGACGGUGUAGCCAAGAGAAUCUACUCAAAACUAAACGAAUCCGAAAUGGCUUUCUUUGGCAAAUUAUACACACACGAGAGCAACGAGAACUUCGACGAUUUCGUUAAUAGUUUGAAUCUACCACAAGAACAUGCUACUGCUUACCUCAAUUCCAAGAUUUCUCAAAAAAUCGAGAAAGACGGAGACGAAUACGUUCUUACCACCAAUAAACCAUCGGGACCAAGUGUAAUGAGAUUUAAAAGCGGCGUUGAGUUUGAGGAGAAAAUCACAGCAGAUGUUAUUGGCAAGAACACAAUAACUGUAGAUGGUAACAAAGUGACUCAAGUUCAAAAGUUACCGGAUGGCAAAACCAUCACCUUCGCCAGGGAGUACUCAGCAGACAAACUCGUUGUGACUAUCACAGCGAGCUUCUGGAACGGCACCGCGAAGAGGAUUUACGUUGCGUAAAUUAUGUAUCAUAAAAAUUAUUUGUAAGCAUUUAUUAAAAUAAAAGAAAUACCUUGA